ACCACGUCUUCCUUCUCCCACAGCUGGUGUCGGAGCUCGGCGUGCUGCUGUACCGCGCGCUGGACUUCAGUCUGGCCAACGACGAGGAGCGUGACCUCUCGCCCUCCCUCAACCACCUCAUCGACCUCAUGACCUCGGCAGGAACACCCCAGGGCAGAGUCACCCGCCGCAGCUGCUCUGUAACCCACAAGCGCACAGAAUGUGAGCGAGGCGAGACGGACGACGAGGGCAUCGAGCGGGACUCUGGGGACUCCGAGGACGAGCUCGACCGAUCCGCCAACUUCACCAUGGCCGACGCACUGCAGGUGUGCGAGGGGCGGCUGAGCGGCGGCGGGCUGGAGGGUGGCGUCAGCGAACACUACCGGGCGGUCAUCAGGGCGCUGGUGGCCGAGGCGAUGGACCUGGCGUCGUUCCUGCAACGUGUGGCGCAGGGCAAGAAGUUCCCCACACAGGCCUCGGACCUCCUCAGCUCGGAGCAUGACCUGCGGGAACUGCAGUGCGAGGACUGGGCGCGACUCUGGAUGCAGGUAAUGCGGGAACUCCGGCACGGCGUUAAGUUGAAGAAGCUGGAGUACUCGCGUGGCCCCAUCGAGUACGCCCUCACGCCCUACGAGAUGCUCAUGGACGACAUCAGGUCCAGGAGGUACACGCUCAACAAGGUGAUGGUAAACGGAGACAUCCCGCCCAGAGUGAAGAAGGACGCACACACGAUCAUCCUCGACUUCAUUAGAUCCCGGCCGCCCCUCAGGAAGGCCUCGGAACGGAAACUGCUGCCGCCGCCCCGCAAGAUCUCGUCGCCGAUUGAGCUGCUGAUGGAGAGCAUUCGCAAGGACCACAGCGUCAACCUGCGCCACGUUACCAUACCGGCGCGCGCCAGGCCCAUGUCGAUGGUGGAGACCCGCGGGGCACCCAUGGGCCUGGACCAGACGCCCAAGCCCCAGCGGAAGCUCAUCCAGGCGCCCAGGUUCAACAUUUCGGCAGAGGAUGAAGACGAGGACGAUCUUAGUGACAUCCCGCCGUCCAGUCCCCGCCUCGGCUACUCCUCCGUGGUGGGCACCGUUCGCAGCCCCAGCAACUCGGGUUCACCGUCUCAGAGUCCCCAGUCACCCCUCACCUCGCCCUUGUCACGGAUGGCCUACGACUUAGCCAACUACGGAAACACAGGCACGCCGGAGCGCCGCCACUCCAUCACGCUGUGCGAGACGCCCUCCCUCAACAACCACUCCUCGGCCUCGCUCAGCCCGCCCACCUCGCUGCCGCAGUCCCGCAACACCACGGCGCCCAGCUCCCCCGCGCACCAGGACUUCCUCCCGUCCACCUCGCAGACGCAGAGGGACUUCCUGUCUUCGGCCCACUUCUCUGCCCGCCUGGACUGCCUGGCGCUGACCCUGGAGGAGGUGGUGCACAUCCGCAACGUGCUGACCAAGGCUGACCUGGAGGCGCUGCCCCUCGACCUCACCAUCAAGGAGGACAUGGCCAAGGGAAAGAUCUGCUUCCUCUGCAUGAAGACUCGCUUUGGCUUCUUCGGCCCGCGAGGCACCAACUGUAGGCUGUGCAAGAGGACGGUCUGCAAAAAGUGCAUCACCAAGAUGCGAAUACCCACCGAACACUUCUCCAACAUCCCCGUGCAGAUGUUGACGCCACAGGCCUUGUCCCCGCGUGAGGACGAGGACGAUGUUGUCUCUCUGCCCCGCUCCAUCCUCUCCAGACUUACGUUUAACAUCUCAGAACACAUCGCUAAGCGUUCUCAGGUAAAAGAACCUGAGGAGCAAAACUCAAGUGGUACCAACCCUUCCAAGGAGCUGCCUCUACCAGGAAGCAGCACUGCGAGCAUGAGCAGCAACACAGCAGACCGCCGAGGCAGCAUUACUGGGAGUGUGGGCUCAGCUCCCUCAUCACCAGCCACCUCACGGGCAUCUGAUGGGCCCUCGUCCUUGCCAGCCCAGCCUCCAGCACCCUACGUCAAUGAGGCCAUCAAGAAGAAGCAGAAGCAGAGGUCCCGCACCACCCCGCAGCCAACAAUGGAGGAGCAUCUGCGUGGGGAGUUGAUGUUCGUGUGUGGGGACUGCAAGGCCAUGGUGCUGCACAUCCUCGCCUCCAUCAAGAUCCGUCGAGAGCAGCAGGCGACGAAUUCAACACCCCAUGAAUCCCCACGACACCACCUGCACCUCAACCUGAACCCUGUGUACCACUAGGCAACACCAGCCAACACCUCAUCGAGCUGAAGUGCUUCCUUGUGGACACCCAAUCAUGGUUCGGGACAAAAUGAGAUGUUAUGUUACAUGUGUGUUCUCAAACACCAAAAAAGAUUACGUAGGAAUUUAUAUAUUUUUUUAGAUAUAUAAAUCCCUUACUUCUAGUAAUAGGAUUAAUGUAGCUUCAGACUUUUCUUGAUUGCAAAGUUCUAUUGAGCAAGAAACAUAAUCAUUACUUGAAAAAGGAAAAUACUAAUGUACUUACCCAAAUAUAAUAUAUAUAUACACAUAUAUUGCCAUCUGAAUUAGGAAUCAAAUAUAAUAAUUCACUCUGUCUUUCAUUUCAUAGUUGAUUGGCUGACCCUGCACUUCAGCAACAAAAACUGAAGACAAUGCCAAGCUUUAUAAGAACAGAACUUAAAAUAAUGAUAUGUUAAUUAAUAAGCUGCAAAAAUUAUUUUUUUACAGUAAUGUAGAAAACUGUGAUUUCACAUUUCUUUUUAGUUUACAUUACCUUUGGGACUCCUAAAAUUCAUUUUGAUAAGACUUAAGAAGAUAUAUUUUUGAAAUUCACAUGAUGAAUAAAAGAUGAAGAAAUUUUAAUGUUAGACCUACUGAAGCAUAUUUAUUUAUAUUCUAAAGUCCUUUUUUCAUGAUUCAAGAACUUUCUUCCUAUUAAAGAUAGUAAAAGAUAUUUCAGUGUAUAACUAUAAUGCCAAAGGCAAUCUGUGUGAAAAGGACAUGUGUGACAUCCUUAGCUGUGUGCUAGAGGUUCUCCAACCUCUGUCCUGUACUCCAGUAAACUAGUGGUUUCUUUGAUGUUUCAAGCCUAUAUAUUUCUCUUCUUUGAUGUUGACAAUAUUAUUCACAGUUGGCAUUUUACAACUUUAGUGAAAAAUCCCUAUGGAUUAGUUACUAAAUGUUCAUCUUGCAGAUAUCUGAAGUACUCCUAAUUGUUGAAUGAAUUCUGUGUGAGUGGGUCAAGCCACUCUCCUGUACAAUAGCAAGCAACCAUGGCGUCAUAUUGAGGCUGGCUGGUGCUUUGACUACUACCUGUAUUCUUGGUCACAUGGAAAAUUAGUCCAGCAUGUAAAGAGUCAAGUGAUAUGAUAUCCAAGUGCAUAAUUUUUUCUUGUGAACUGUAGGCUGAUUGCAUUAGGAGUUGCAGCUGCACUCCCUGUCAGCCCUGCUGCCUCCGGUGGCCGGCAGAGAGGUGCAGACUGCAACCAGUUUCCUGUAUGGUGUGUGACAGUGUGAGCAUGUAGUUUUCAUUUUGAACUUUUGUACAUAUUAUAUAUACACAUAUAUUUUUCUCCUGUAUAUAAAUAGAUCUUUCCUUUUUGUUUAAAAUAGAAUAAUUCUGACACCUUCACAAUAUCAUUCCUGCCCUUUAAUUUUAAUCAUGGUAUAGUCAGUUGUAUAGUUUGGCUUUGUUUCAAUGUAACUUUUGUUUUAACUUUAAUAAGAGGUACAAGUGUGAGGUGGUCUCAUAACUCCUUUUUGUAAUUUUCAAGAUGUUAAGAGUUUGCCAUAGUUUCCUCCCACCAUUUGUGUAUGUCCUUGGCUGGCCAUCAGCUACCUUGAUGAGGGCCAAGCUUUUCCUGUUACCGUUGCACAAACUUGAUCAUUUAAAAUUAAGCUAAAAUUUAGUUGUUUUAUUUGCAAAUUCCAAUUGACCAGAAGGACAUUCAUGUCAAUCAAGGACUUUUGAUAUAGGAAAAUAGUCUACAAAUGAGUGAUAUUUAGGCUUUAUGAAUAAUUUUCUUGCAAGUUCACAAAAAUACAAUUUGGUAUUUCUAUAUUGAUUGUAUGUUUCAUGGUAAACUUAUGUUUUCAUUGUCUGAUACACAUUGCUAUUCAUAGUCCAGUAAUAUGAGGUGUUGUCUGCAAGUAUUUUAGACAUUUCAGAAUGAGGGUCACUGGUCUCAAUGUCUUGUUUCUGUUUCUCAUUUAUAACAUCCUAAAACUUGAAUACUAUAAAAAAAAGUAAUAAGAACAUAAUUUUUCUCAUUGGUAUUGAAAAAUUAUGCAGUCAUGAAAAUCGUUUAAUUAAAUAGAUUAGAAUGAGAAAUCCAAGUGAAGUGAAUGUAGGCAAAGAGAGUGUAAUCCAUUGAGAAGUGGUUCAGUGACCCAGGACCCUUUCAGGAGUGGCCAGUCUGUUGCUGCAGUUAUUAAUCAUAUUAUUGUGAGCUUUGUGGCGCCAAAAUAGGGUGAGAAGACUCAUACCGAUAAUGUGCUGUGCUUUGUGUCAUGGGGGUGUUGAGAGGAGUGGGACUUUACAACCUGAUGUGAAGCUUGUUAUGUAUUUAGGCAUUUGAUUAUAUUAUUUAUUUCGUCUAACAGGCUUAGCUGAAUAUUUGCCAAAUCUAAGUUGAAAUUUACAAUAUAGUUGUCAGUGACACAAUGCAGUAUGAAGCUGCUCAUCAAAACAAAGGCCAACCAUUCUGAAUGCUUCUUCUGAAAGCAGGAUGCUGAAGAUUUACAGCAGUAUUGUCGUUGCCUUUUAACUUUCACCACGGCAAGGGAAAGAUUCCUGUCAUGUACAUAUCAAAAUGUGACUUUUUAGCAGAUAUAAGAUAUUAAAUUUCUGACUCUGUUUGUCCUUCAGUUAUCAGCUUAAUUCAGUUCCAUUCAUUUGUGAGAACUUGUCUCACUACUAAUUAUUUGCCGUACAAUGGUGAGCAGUAUUGUGGAGUGUGAUGGAGGGGUGGGCAGGCUGCCAGCAGCCUCACAUGCCCAGCUGGAAAGUGUACAAAGUGUCUGAGUUAAGAAUUUAGUCAGUGUAUAUACAUAGAGAUUGGUUCGAAGAUCAUUAUACUAUUAAAGUGUUGUCACCUAA